UCCUUUCGAUCAAUCUUUCCUGCUCAUCUUCACUUGACGACAGGAAAGACAACAUGGCACUCCGCACACUUGGCCCCAAGGCCGCUGCUGCUCUCGACGAAGAGCUCAUGUCCACUGGCGCCUUCACCCUCGAUCAACUCAUGGAAUUGGCAGGUCUAUCCGUGUCACAAGCACUCUAUGCACUUUCACCACCUUCCAAGUCGCCCAACGUGCUGAUAGCCUGCGGGCCUGGCAACAACGGCGGUGACGGCCUCGUCGCUGCCCGACAUCUGCACCACUUUGGCUACAAGCCAACGCUCUACUUUCCCAAGCAAGGCAAAGCAGAAAUAUACGGCAGACUACGAAAGCAGCUGGAACAGCUCAAAGUGCCUUUCACAGACGACUUCCACUCCGCUUUGGCAAAGUCAGACUACAUCAUUGACGCCAUUUUCGGUUUCAGCUUCAGCGGUGAAGUGAGGGAGCCUUUCCCAGCUGUCAUCAAGGCACUUGCAGAGUCGAAGAUUCCAGUCUUGGCCAUUGAUGCACCCUCGAGCUGGAACAUCGAAGAUGGUCCGCCAGACGAUGGACCAGGCAAAGGCUACCAGCCUCACGCGCUGAUCUCGCUUUCUGCUCCGAAACCACUGACGAAGUGGUUCAAGGGCAGGCAUUUCGUGGGAGGCCGCUUCAUUGGAAAGGAGAUUGCUGAGAAGUAUGGGUUCGACGUUCCGCCUUACAAGGGUAGCGACCAAAUUGUGGAAGUGAGCACGAGCGGAGAGAAGCUUUAGACCUCGUUGAACGCGAAUGGGAGAACAACUUGGGAUGAAGAUUCGUUCAAAUCAUUACAGAAUUAUCGUUUGCCGAAACCUCCGACCUGUCGCUCAAGAGUACAGGCUUUAGCUCUCAGCUUGGCCACGUCAGGAAGCACGCAAGCUGAUACUCGAGACUUUGCACUCGCAAAUGCACCUUGGUGGCCAUACAUCGGGAUUGACUACCUCACUCAGACCGCAGUCGCUGACUUGGAGCUUGCCCUCGACACGUCGCCCGUUCGAUCAGAUGCACGACGGCCAUCUGUACCAGCCAUCUCCAUUUGUUGAUCUGCGCGCUUCGCUCCUUUGGAUUGCCAGGGUGAGAGGGUCAUUGCCAAUGCCAAAAGCACCACCGACAUCACGAACAACGGAAUCAUGAGCCACCUUGAUGUUUUCUGCACGCGAUCAGCUGAGGUUACUCGACGGGCUUAAAGAAUUGCUUACCGCGUCUGUACAUGGCGGCAGCGUGUUGUAACGGGAGCCUCGGAUAGAUGGCCCGUAGUCCCUCCAAAUUGGUUCGAUCUGGCACGACCAACUUUCAAUGCCGAAUGUUCCAUCUCGGGUGAAGGCAGCAGAUCUACGAGGAUCGUUUGGCACCUCCCUAGGGCCUCCAGCGAGAAAACUCUCAAUGUCGACAGUAGACGAUGUGUAGAAUUCGACGAAAGACCACACAAGUCCAAUUAAACUGGCGAGGACUCCAAGCAUAAGCCAAACGGCCCAAAUAGCACGGAACUUCCGCGUGUGGCUCUUAUCAAACAUUAGCCGGAAACAUGAUUAGAUACUGAUUGGCAAUACCUGGUCCGCAGCACCUAGAAUGGGCAAGAGAGCCGUUCCACCAACGAUUGCGCAGGCGAUACCUGCGGCUUCAAGCCUCCCUUUCGCACACCCGGAGGGAGGUAGUAGACUUGCCCAUACCACCGGAUUCGACGCCCUCCUGAGAAUGGUUCCGUGUCAGGAUAUGUAGGAAAUGCUUGGCCUUCUCUCCACCAAGUCUCAUGGCGAGACCGGACUGCGAAAGCCGCUGCAGCAGCUGCUAUGCCGAGAACUGCCAAAGCUGCCGUGCCGACGAGGACGCGACGCUUCCAUGUUGCCUUAUAAUUGGUGUGGAAUUCUCUCUCGACUUUGGAAUCAGCCAUGAUAUUUGAGGAACUGAUCAAGCGGAAUUUGUGCUGCAGAGUGAAGCGGAUGGGUAUGCUAGGCAAACACCAAAUGUGUUCAUACCAUGGGGUGAGUCACCUCUCCAUUUUAUGUUCGGCCACCAAGCCAAACUGAAUCCUUCAAAUGCGCAGCAUACUUCGUUGUCGCACAUCAACUUCCUUAUACGGGACGGAAUAGAUCAUGCGUCCAGUGGCAUUGAACGAAUGCAGACGUUACAUUGCCUUUUCAGUGUUCUUGGUAUGCGGUCAUAGGAAUCCUUCGCUUCUUGUCAUUUUGCUUGGGUUGCGGCACAGCACAGCAUUUUGUUGGUGCGUUGGUGGUAUAUUGAUAUUGCGAUGUGGUAUGACGUGUCAGGAUACGAGCAACAAUAUUGCGAGAGCGCGUGAGGGCCUUUGAUGGAGGAUAACGAAUUUGGCAUGAGAAAAGAUUGGAUGGGAGAUGUUGUGAAAAGUCCAAGACUAGGACGUCGAUCAAAUUUGAGCCGCAGACUUUGAGGAGCCCAAUUCAGGCUGAACCUUUGGGGUAAGAUCGACACUGAAGGGUACUCGAAUGGGACAUCAACAAAUGUGACGGUGGUUGGUUCUCUGCAAGAACGAGUGUGACAACGAAAGCAGGCGAGAAUCCAACAAGCAAAUCAGAACCUCAACAACAAAGGUGAUAAUCGA